CGUAAAUUUUCAUCUCUGUGAAAGACCCGUCAACAUAAUCCGCUGUUAAACCCAAAAACACAGCAGAGAAAGAGAGAAAUAUAAAAAUAAUGGUCAAAGAGAGAGAAGGCGGAGAAGAAUCGAAUAUGGAUGUUGUUUAUAUUAUGUUAUAAAAGUUGCGUGGGUAGUGUACAGUGAUGGCGUAGUGUAAAGUAUAAACGAACCCGAAAGAUUAAAAGAAAAAAAAAAAAACUCAAAAAGCCGGCUCCUUUCUGUUUUCACUGCCACCAAUUUUUUCUCUUUCCUUUUGUUUGAAUUCUUUUUUUUUUUUUCUUUCUCUCUUUCUCACAUCACCGGCAAACAAGCAAUAUCUAGAGUCUGUGUGUUCUAUUGUUUAUUUUUAAUCUGUUUUUUGUUAAUUGUUAUUGGUAUCUUCACAACUUGGAUUCCUUUGCUUUGUUUAUUUGACUCAUCAUCGGCUAGAAAAAGAAGAAAGAAGAGAAAAGAUGCAAUACCCACUCUGAGUUUAUAGGUUUCCCGUGAUGGGAUUUUUGUGAAAUAGAGUAAAGUCUUGAGUUUUGAUAAAAAGUGAAUAUCUUUUUGUUAUUGAUUUAUAGAAGAUGGGCUGUUUUCCUUGUUUCGAUUCAAGGGAAGAAGAGACUCUCAAUCCACAGAAGGAAUCUGAUGAUCGAAAGCAAAGCUUGCCCACUGAGUCUUCUAAUAUAUCCAAAUUAUCUUCUGGAGCUGACAGGCUUAGAUCAAGAAGCAAUGGAAGGUCAAAAAGAGAAUUACCAAGUCCAAAGGAUGGACCUGUUCCUGGUGUCAACAUUGCAGCUCAAACAUUUACCUUUCGUGAACUUGCAGCUGCAACCAAGAAUUUUAGGCAAGAGUCUUUCAUAGGAGAAGGAGGAUUUGGGCGUGUAUAUAAAGGUCUUCUUGAGACCACUGGUCAGGUUGUUGCUGUUAAACAAUUGGAUAGAAAUGGCCUCCAGGGUAACAGGGAGUUUCUUGUAGAGGUUCUCAUGCUCAGCCUUUUACAUCACCCUAACCUUGUGAACCUGAUAGGCUAUUGUGCUGAUGGAGAUCAAAGGCUUCUCGUGUAUGAGUUUAUGCCACUGGGAUCAUUGGAAGAUCACCUUCAUGAUCUGCCACCUGCUAAGGAACCGCUCGAUUGGAACACAAGAAUGAGGAUAGCAGCAGGUGCAGCCAAAGGUUUGGAAUACCUGCAUGAUAAAGCAAAUCCUCCUGUUAUUUACAGGGAUUUUAAGUCAUCCAAUAUAUUACUUGAUGAAGGAUUUCAUCCAAAGCUUUCUGAUUUUGGGCUUGCAAAACUUGGCCCCACUGGAGACAAGUCGCACGUUUCCACCAGAGUUAUGGGCACUUAUGGUUAUUGUGCUCCUGAAUAUGCCAUGACUGGACAAUUGACUGUAAAAUCUGACGUGUACAGCUUUGGGGUGGUCUUUUUAGAGCUGAUUACCGGGCGUAAAGCCAUUGACAGCACUCGACCACAUGGAGAGCAGAACCUUGUCACAUGGGCUCGUCCACUAUUCAAUGAUCGUAGGAAAUUCUCAAAACUGGCUGAUCCACAGUUGCAGGGGCGUUAUCCCAUGAGGGGACUCUACCAGGCUCUAGCAGUGGCUUCUAUGUGCAUACAGGAACAGGCUGCAGCACGUCCUCUCAUUGGGGACGUGGUCACUGCUCUCUCUUAUUUGGCAAACCAGGCAUAUGAGCCUAAUUCAACGGGGCAUGGCCGGGAAAGAGAUGAUAAAAGAAACAGAGAUGAGAGAGGUGGACAGUUAUCAAAGAGUGAGGAAGGGGGAGGGUCUGGACGAAGAUGGGAUUUGGAAGGGUCCGAGAAAGAGGAUUCUCCUAGAGAGACUGUUAGGAUGUUGAACAGGGAUUUAGAUAGAGAACGAGCUGUUGCAGAGGCCAAGAUGUGGGGAGAAAACUGGCGAGAAAAAAGACGACAAAGUGCUCAAGGUAGUUUCGAUGGGAGUAAUGGCUAACACCAUUGGCACCAUUCUUCCACCAUCUCUCCUUUCCUGACUUCGCCACCAGACCAGCCUUGCUAAGAAGCAUUGGAAGGAAGCUAAAGCACCGAGCUGGUCUGCCCAUAUGCUCUUAACUUUCUCUUUUUUCUUUAGUUCUUUUUGUGUUGAACAUAGAACAAGAAGAUGAAAAGGAAGAAGAAAAAGAUAUAAUUGAGAGAGUGUACAUUAUCUGCUACAAGAGCAAGAUAAGAACAAGACGUAUUUAUAAAAAUUUUGAGAGUAAAAACGUCUGGGUCAUGUUCUGCUUGCUCUUGUUUAACAAAAACACCUGCUGCUGUCUGCACUUGGUAGUCUUUUUUCAAUGGCAUUUUACCAACAAGAUCUAUGUAAUAUUAUCGACUAGUUUAUGCUGC